CCGAUACAGUCCCUUGUCUUUGCGGGGUUUGGAUCUUUUGUUCGUUCGUCGGCCCUAUUGCAUUCCGGUGCCAUACGCACCGAAACAAAAGAGACUGAUUAGAUUAGGCAACAGCACAUCCAUCAACUAUUGUGUGUGAUCUUCUGUAGCAAAACGGUGGCAAAGGUAGGUGGCGCACUGGAUCCGGCCUUUGGUGACCAUAAAUCAUCGGAUGUAUUUCGAGUGGGUGAAAGCUUCAGUACAAGUGCUGAUAAAGGGCAUCUGUUUAACCAAAGGGCCGUACGCGAUUGUUGCCGUUGUUGUCAGCCCAUUGCAGGCAAGCGCAAAUAAUCUCCACGUUCGUAAGAAUGGCUAAACGGAACCUUUUCCUGAUGUCUUCCUCGGCGAUGCAUGGGUUCGGCUAUCUGGAACAUGCCCAGACGGAUAUGACGAACUUUUUGAAAAGGAAUAGCGUGCAGAAGGUGCUGUUCAUCCCGUACGCUCUAACCGAUUACGAUGGAUACACCGAACGUGUCGGCAGUGUACUGAAACGAUGGGGUUUCUCCUGCAAUGGCAUCCACACCUUUACCGACCCAGUGGAGGCAGUGAAGAACGCGGAAGCCAUCUACAUCGGCGGCGGUAAUACGUUCCUGCUUCUUCGCACACUGUACGAAAAGCAACUGGUCGAGCCGAUCCGUGACCGAGUAUUGAAGAACGGCGUCCCGUACGUUGGCAGUUCGGCCGGUACCAAUGUGGCAACGCGUAGCAUCCAAACGACAAACGAUAUGCCGAUCGUGCAUACGCCGACCUUCGAUGCACUUGCGCUCGUACCGUUCAACAUCAAUCCACACUACAUCGAUCCGGAUGCGAACGGAAAGCACAUGGGUGAAACACGUGCGGAGCGUAUCAAGCAGUUUCACGAACUGAACGAUGCACCAGUUUUGGGACUGCGAGAAGGAACAACACUGUUCGUGAAUGGGGAUAACGCGACCUUGAUAGGGCCGCCGGCCGAAGCACCGAACGCUUGUUACGAUGCACGCCUGUUCCGCAAGAACCAAGAACCGGCCGAGUACGCACCUUCGAGUAAUUUGAACUUUCUUCUUAAGGAAAAUGCCUAACCUAAACGGGGUAAGGAAAACUGUACACUGCCACUGAAAAAGGCCUUGAUUGUUUAUCGUUGUUUUUUGUUAUGAUUUACAAAAUGUUUUCGUCUCUAAAAUAAAGCAUCAGAGUGAAAUAUAUUCAU